AUGAGCCCUCCGCUAGUCCUGCAACCUGCAAUCUUGAUCAUAUCCGACACAGCAGCAGCUGACCCUUCAACAGACAAGGCUGCCCCUGUCCUGAAAGAAACUUUCUCUGAGGACGGAGCUGGAAAAUGGGCGGAGCCAAUCGUGGAGAUCGUGAAGGAUGAUGUACUCGAGAUUCAACGAGUGGUGAGGUCCUGGACCGACUCAGAGGACGUAUCAUCGGGAUUGGUCAACCUGGUGGUCACGACUGGAGGCACGGGAUUUGCCCGACGAGAUUUCACGCCCGAAGCAAUAGGGCCCCUGAUUCACAGACAUGCUCCUGGAAUCGUGCAUGGAAUGCUGGCUGCCUCUUUCCAGGUCACGCCUUUUGCGAUGAUGUCGAGACCCGUGGCUGGUGUGCGGAAUCGAACGAUCAUCGUUACCCUUCCAGGUUCGCCCAAGGGUGCCAAGGAGAAUCUUCAGGCGAUCUUGAAAUUACUACCCCAUGCAUGUCUACAGGCGGCUGGGGAGGACUCGCGGCAAGCCCAUGUUGGUGGAGUCAAAAAGCUGGAGAAAGACGCUGGUGUAUCUGCUUCGUCAACCCUGACAGACGCGGGAAACCAUGAUCAUUUGCAUCACCACCACCAUCACGAUCACAGCCAUGGUCACGGAGGACAUAAAGCGCCCAAGGCACACACGGCCCCUUCAGAACGGCCCCAGUCCAACGAUCCUCGACUAGGAGCUACAGCACGGGCACGGAGCUCACCAUAUCCCAUGCUCACUGUGGCGGACGCGGUAGCAAAGAUCCUCGAGCAGGCACCUGCUCCUAUCAUUGAAACAAGAGAUGUCAACCCAGAUCUGACCGGCUAUGUAAUUGCAGAAGACAUCAACGCCGCCGAAGCCGUUCCUGCAUACCGUGCGAGUAUCGUUGACGGGUAUGCUGUGAUUGUCCCUUCUGAAAAGGAGAAAGCUUCCGCACGAAGUCUCAAAGGCAUCUUCCCUGUCGCAUCCGUCUCACAUGCCCAAGCCGCCUCCCUGCCACCACCGUUGCAAGUUGGUCAGAUAGCUCGCAUUACCACGGGGGCUCCAUUACCCGAGCAUGCCAACGCGGUCGUCAUGGUCGAAGAUACCACCAUCGCCUCCUUGACCGACGACCAAAAAGAAGAAGCCACGGUUGAGAUCCUCACGUCUGAGCUCUCAGUGGGUGAAAACGUCCGCGAACCAGGCUCCGAUAUCCAGCUCGGCGAACUAGUCCUCACCAAGGGCACCCGGAUAAGCGCGUUAGGAGGCGAGAUCGGGGUCCUCGCAGCGGCCGGAAUUCAGAAAGUUCCUGUGUACCGCAAGCCCCGCAUUGGCGUCAUGAGCACGGGCGACGAAGUCACCGACAUAUCCCACACCGGCUCUCUCAGCGGCGGCAUGAUCCGCGAUUCGAACCGGCCAUCACUUCUGACACUGCUGCACGGAUGGGAUCUCGCGUCAGAGGUCGUCGACCUCCAGGUAGCGCGAGACACGCCGACGAACGAGCUCGAGGAGAAGCUCCGGGAGGGAUACCGGCUCUACGAUCUGGACAUCAUCGUCACAACCGGCGGCGUCAGCAUGGGUGAGCUGGACCUCCUCAAGCCGACAGUCGAACGCGCUCUCGGCGGCGAAGUCCACUUCGGUCGCGUGAGCAUGAAGCCCGGCAAGCCGACAACGUUCGCGAGCGUGCCCUUCAAGGAAUCCUCCGCUUCCUCAUCUGCCAUGGCCUCCAAACAUGGUGGCUCUGGCCGCACCACAAGACUCAUCUUCGGCCUCCCUGGCAACCCGGCCAGUGCGCUGGUCACCGCGAACCUGUUUCUCCUGCCCUGCGUGCAACGCAUCGCCGGCCUCUCAGGAAAAGGCCUCGAGCGAGUGCACGCCAGAGUUUCGUCCCGCAUCCGCUGCGAUAAAUCCCGCACUGAGUAUCACCGCGUGGUCUUGAGUUUCGAAAAGAACGGUGGAGGUGGUGGGCGCCUCGUCGCGAAAAGUACGGGUAUGCAGCGGAGCAGUCGAGUCGGUAGCCUUGCGAGUGCCAAUGCAUUGCUGGAGUUGCCUCAGCGAGACGGAUUCCUGGAUGUUGGGGAUGAGUGUGUGGCGUUGCUGAUGGGGCCGAUCUUGGGGUUGUGA